AUGAAUAGCAACGAAUCGGUUAACGAUAGCGGAUCUGGUUCUGACGAUGAUGCGGAUUACUACCUUGAUGACUAUUACAACGGUACAGAGUAUGACGUUGGUGAAAGCUGUGAUAUAGAAACAGCACCAGAAAAUGAUGAUCCCGAAUAUAUCGAAUAUAACUGCCUCACAGUCCCUCAGGUUGAACGUCUACUUAAUGAAACGAUAGAACGGGUCGCUGGUUUGUUAAAUAUAUCCCAAUCAAUAUCAAAACUUUUGUUGUAUAUGCACAAAUGGAACGAAGCCGCAUUGGUGGAUCAGUACAAAAGCAAUCCGAAGAAAACUCUCACAGAGUGUAAAAUCUGUUCGAUAAGUAACGGUGGUGGGCUUAAAAAGGAGAACUGUGCACGUUGUGGAGUGUGUGCCCGUUGGAGGAGAGACUGCGGGAAGAUGUCCGCGUUGCAUUGCGGUCAUGAAUUUUGUGUUGCCUGUUGGCAGGCCUAUACGGAAACGCAGUUGUCGAACGCCGUUUCGAUUAGAAUGGGCUGUAUGGCAAGUGAGUGUGCGUUACUGUGUCCCGAGGAUUUCGUCAUGGAAGUGCUCUCGGACCGAAACGAUCUACGUGCCAAAUACAAAGAGUUUGUGUUUCGAGAUCUGGUCACCUCACAUCCCGAACUUCGCUUCUGUCCGGGUCGUGAUUGUCAAAUGAUUGUCAUGGCCAAAUCGCAAAAAGCCAAAAGGGUCACUUGUGUCAAAUGUCGAACGUCUUUUUGUGUUUUGUGUGGAAACGAUUAUCAUGCUCCAACAUCGUGCGAAACAAUACGAAUGUGGCUUAUCAAAUGUGCCGACGAUAGUGAGACUGCCAAUUAUAUUAGUGCCCACACGAAGGAUUGUCCGAAUUGUCAUUCGUGUAUUGAAAAAAACGGUGGAUGUAAUCAUAUGCAGUGUGCGAAGUGUAAACAUCAUUUUUGUUGGAUGUGUUUCGGAGAUUGGAAAACGCACGGUAGUGAAUAUUAUGAGUGUAGUCGUUAUAAGGAGAAUCCAUCAGUGGCGCAAGAAGCGAAUCAUGUGAAGGCGCGACGUGCACUCGAAAAAUACCUUCAUUAUUAUGAGCGUUACGAGAACCAUCAUAAAUCACUGAAGCUGGAAGAGGAGCUGAGAAAUAGUAUAAUGCGUAAAAUUGAUGAGAAGGUGAACGGACAUGAGGGCACGUGGAUUGAUUGGCAACAUCUGCAUCGUGCUGCGACCUUACUGACGAAAUGCAGAUACACACUUCAGUAUACAUAUCCGUACGCGUAUUAUAUGGAGAAUGGACCGAGGAAACAGUUGUUCGAAUAUCAACAAGCGCAACUGGAGAAAGAGAUUGAGGAAUUGUCGUGGAAGGUGGAACGGGCCGAGAGUACGGAACGCGGCGAUUUGGAGAGUCAAAUGCAUGUGGCCGAAUGUAAGAGGAGGACACUGCUGCAAGAUUUUUUUGACUGA